AUGGCACCCCAUCUCAGCCAGGAAGAGUUCCUCUCCUCCCUCUCCACCCUCCUCACCAAAACCUCCGAGAAAGCCCGCGGCUCCGUCUUCCUCACCCAGAAACCUCUCCUCCAAACCCCCAGCUCAGACGAAAGCGCCUCCCCGUCAACACUCCCGCCGAUCCUCAUCCGCGCCACAGACGGCAAUACCAGCGCCCCGAACCCCAAGUCCAGCAAGGACCAGAACAAGAAGGCCGCGAAGACGUCCAAGGUGAAGCUGUCGACGGUGGUGGCGCAGGAGGAACUGGAGGCGUUCUUUGCGCGGUACGCGGAGGUGUGCAAGGCCGGGAUGACGGGGCUGAAGAAGCGGGAUCGGAAAAAGGGAAAGGCGAAGGCGAAAGGGGCUGCUUCGAAGGUUACCAAGGCGUGA